AUGUCGCGUGACAGGAUCUACGCUUCGACCGCCUCCGCGGAGGAGAACAAUCUGUAAGCGUCUCUUUUGGAUGCCUUUUUUUUUUUUCCUGACGGUGGAGAUACGGUAGAAAACUCUGGAUCUCUGUAUCUUCCUCGGAUGGCGGUUGUCGUGUGGGUCUUUUUUCUUCCAGGGAAACACCUCGCCUGCUUCUCUUUCGGUCUGUGCAGGGAGAUUUUAGAUCAUUUAUUUAUGAAUUGUGCUUUAAUUAUAUGUGCUUAAUUCAUCCCCUGACGAUUGAGAGCUUUUUCCUAUGUCGAGGAAAACAGUUUCCAGGACGUGCUGGAUGAAGCUCCAUUGUCUGCUCAGCGUCAGCGAGCGAGAAUCCUUGGCAGUGUCCUAUAUUGCUUCUUACUAGUAAGUUGUUUAUAUUUAUUGCGCCUUUUGUUCAGUAAAACUUAAUGCGCCUCCCUGGCUCGUCCACUUUUUUAUUUGUUAGGCAGGCUAUGCUGCUGUGGCCGCAGCAGCACCAUGGAUCUUCUGCUUAAUUCCCAAAUUAAUUCCUCCAUUGCUUUGCAGCUGUAAUGUUGUUCUUUUGGUGGUCACAGGUACAAUUCAUUCGUCCAAAGCUCUUCCUCCGUCAGCCUAUUACCAUCUAUCUUUAUUUUCUCUCUUUACUUUGGUUUUAUCUUCUAUUUAAGUUAAAAUAAUUUAGCAGAUGACGGUGGAAAUUUAAUGUUAUUUCGUAUUUUAAUCAAUAAGACGCGUCCUGCUCUAAACUUAGUUGUAGUUACCUGGAACAAGUUCUACAGUAUAUGCGAUCAUUUUGAUUUAACGUGUUAAAACUAUGGGAGGUGGUUAUUUUCUCAGAACAGGUAUAAAUAGAUUUUUCUAUUUAAGGAAACUUAGCUCCUAAUGAAUGUAUUCGGUGUGACUCUUCUUGACCUUGACAUAGGACAAUGAAGAUAUCAGACAGAAGAAGUUAAAAAGUGAACUGGAUGGAUGGUGGAGAUCACCUACAAAAAUAAGUUAGCUGAGGACUCCACCUCUUGAUACGAUAAUGUUCCAGGAAACUAGAUGUCUCUCCCUUGUUUGAUGCAAGUUUAAGUUAGCCCUUUGGCUUAUGGAGGUAGCGAUAUAAUCCUGUUUUCAAAUGUCUUCAAUACCCUUAAUCAUUUACAACGGUGAGAAAUUCUUGUGACUAAUCCAAAACAUAGAAAGCAUGACGCUAUAACUCUCAGUUACUGUCUAAUAAAGAUGCAAAACUGAUAGGAAUGUGAAAAGACUCAAACUCCUGUAAUGGUAAACAUGAUCCCAUUUAAGCAAUAAUAAUUGGCUAUCACGUUUUAAAUAAUGAAAAGGCCCAUUCGAAUGACUUAAUCCACUGGAAGCUUGUACCAAAAAACAGACUUUCAUGAGGCAAUUAAAAUGAAUUUAGCGUUACUGAUUAGUAUGGAUACUCAUGGCUAUCAUGUUACUUUUAUGGGACAGGAAAAUGGAGGUUAGCAGUGGAUCAAAGGUGAAAAAGUAUGUAUGUGGAUGGCUAGUCUACAGAAAGAGAGAUGACCACCACGGCUAUGGAAAGAGAGCCAAAUAGACGAAGGGAAUUAUUAGAGGGUUGAUAGAGGGAGCAAGGGGAAGGGAACUGAGGGAGAAACCUUUGAGCCGCUGACUUAACCAUAUGUUGAUGGUAAUUCCCAUGGUGCCCAAGUGAUGCAUAACUGCUACCUAAGCUUGAUGCCUGACAAGUGUUUGAGAACGUCUCCUUGUCUACCAUCUCCAUCCUGAAGUGAGACUAGCCAUUUAAUAAUAAAUUUUAAAAUCAUUUUCCAAGUGAUGACGAGGAAAACUCAGACAUUAUCAGGUAGGUUGAACUUCUCACUUAUCUAUAUUAUGUUCAUGCAUUUGACUGCCCUCAGCCAUCCUAUGGCACACAUGAUGGCACUUAUGAGAUUCUUGACUUUGAAAUUAGAUAUAACUUGUAAUAAGACAGUGCUGUAAUUAUGUGAUAGAAAAUAGGCAGUGCAUUGCUUCUAUUUAGAAAAAAUUCGUGGCCACGAUUUGUUUUUUUAAUAGCUAUCAUUCGUCACAAUUGCUGUCAUGGACGUGUCCUAAUUACAACCACUUGUGAUAUGCAUUAUAGGAUUUUUUCAACAAUAUUGGGUGUAUCAAGUUAGGAAAGUGCGAUUGCAGGUAUUACUUCUCAUGUAUGAACUCUGAAAGUUUUUUCUCUUUGAUAGUGAUUGACAUCUGUUAUCACAUAAAGGUUCUAAACGCACAAACCAUGUGCUCAUUAGAAUUUUAACACCUGGUUACACCAAUAAUGCAUUGUACCACAAAAAAUAUUUAGGUGCACAUGUCUCCCAUCAAUCUUGCAAAGAACUUAGAUGCUUAUUUACCAUGCCGCUUCUCACAUUGGUGAUCCUUUGCAAGGUUAUUCCCAGAUUACUGCUUUAUUUUUAAUUGGAUCUCACAUAUGUUGUGUGCCUUCCCAACCCUCUUGUGAUUAUAACGAACAACAAACAGCAGAAGUUGGAAAACCAGAGAAUUUCUAUGCACUGACUUCUGCUUGCUCCGUACUAGUGGUUUUAUUUUUCUCUUUUUUCUGGAUAAGUUGAUGUAUUUUUCUCAGAUAAUGGGACAGCGAAUUGAUUUUUUAAUUACUUGUUUAAUGAAUUAAUUAAUUUGACACGGAUAAACAUUGCUAAUUUUAUGGUUGUAGGGUUAUUAUAUUUUCAGCCAGAAAUUGAAGCACAUUGUUCGUCUUCCAUUCGCCACAGUUUCCUAUGGUGCGCAUUGUGUAAAUUUCAUCAUUAUACACUUUCUGUUAGUAAAGAUAGUGUCCUUUGUUUUUAAGUUGCAACCACUACUACAUGAAAUCUGCAAUUCAUGUGUCUGUAUCUCUACAAGAGAUGCACUUUCCAUUUUGGUUUUUGGGUUUGUUGUCCCAAAUGAACUCUUAAGGUAAAACGUUUGAUUUUUUGAAUGAUUUGAACUAUAUGUCAUUUCAUUGCGUUUAUUGUGUUAACAUUUGAGUGAUAUAUUUACUGCUACUUGACAUGCAUGGACAUUUAAUCAAGUGCACGAAAAGACCAAAUUUCUGGCGUAGUUUUUUUUGGCUGAUAUUUUAAUAUUAUUUAUGCAUAAUUUAAGUUAAUUUUAUUUUCAUAUGCAUAUGCAAUAUUACAUAACUAUCAUUCAAUCUGGUGUAAUGCAUAUGCCAUCUCAUCCUGUUUUGGGUUACUAUACUCAAAUUAGAAAUGCCAGAAUGGCCUACCUCGUUCUGGCUUGCUCUUAUGCAUUAUAUCGCUCUACAAUCAAGUAGUUCCCAUGAUAACCUGAUUUUAUGCUUCUCUAAAGGAAGCCUAACAUGAUUUAACUUAGCCUUUCUACCAUGCUUGACGCUUUCAUGGUCAACAAGAAAUGAUUUCUUAGAUUGGUCAUGGCUGUUACCGAUCAAGCUUACAACUUGUUAAGAGAUCUCUGCUCUGAUCAGUAAGAGAUCAUACUUUCAGAUAAACGUAGCCACUGGUACUUUAACUGAACAAAUGGAUGCCUAACAUAACUCUUCCCUUCAUUCAUUGAGAGUCCCAUAAGGCCAUCUCACUUUUUCAGAAGUUAAACGGAAUACCUUACGUACCCUCUUGGGUUUUCAAAAAGUAUUAUAAUUGUCAUCAGCACACCACAAAGGUGUGCGUUGAAUUUCUCAUUCCAGUUCAAGCUCCUAUCACUCCCUUUUUCUUGGCUCAGUACCAUUAUUUAGGUUUAUAAUGACAAAUAGAACCGCAUCUCUUGGCUCCAGCCUCUUGUACUGCCAAAAUAACCGCAUGUUAUUUGAUGGUCAACAUCUGGUAGUGGUGUAUAGUUCUGUUGUUCAGUCGAUUCAACUCUUUCCUGAACCUAUUGGGGACAGUUUAUUUAGAACGUGCUUCUCAAUUAAUUGUGUCACAGACCUUGUCAAAGUGUGCCUCGAACACAGGACAUCCUUCUGUAUACUUUUAUGGAAAUGCUUUCCUUUUUCAUACUUAUUCUUAGGAGGAUGUGAUAUUUUCUUCUUUAAGUCUCCCUCCUAUCGGUGGUAUAGAAAUAAUAAUGACCACAAUCAUCUAAUGUGCAAGAAGAAUAAGAUGGCGAUAAUGUAACACGUCUUCCACACAGGAAAAGCAAAAUGCAUAGUUUUUGAAAAUGCAGGUACAUUCCAUGUUACUGUGGCUGUUUAAGUGUCUUUCACUUGUUGGAUCCCAUCAUUGCUGAACUUUGAUUGUUUCAUUCCGUAUUUGUAGAUACUAGGGUAUGAUCAUAACUAGUCUUCUCUGGCAUCGAUCAAAAUAUUUUAAACUUUAUUGGUACAUGCUAGGAUUAUAACUUACAUCAUGAGAACAACCAUUAUUAUUAUUAUUGUCAUGAGCUUAGCCCUGGAUCGCCUAUCUGAUUGAAGCGUUAGAAGAUUUGACAAUGAUUUUGGAGCCUCUGUCCCUGAUGAGACCAAACAGUCAAAUGCUGACAAUCCCUCUCCCAGCUCUCUCUUAUGGAAAGGAUUGGAUAAGUACUGAAACCAGCCGUAAUAUUUGGUUGGCAUAUGUUUCUUGAAUAAAAACCGGUUAAUGUUAGUGUAUAAUCACUGGAAUGAUCACAGCUCUGUGAUGACGAUCCAAUGUUCAAUAGUUAUCUGUGUUAUUUUCUAAAGCCCAGAGUAUUGUAGCACUGUAGCAAUUAGAAUCCAAUCAUCUAUGGAUUCUAUUUUUGCGGCCAUCUUUGAUGAUGUCGGAAAUGCUUGUAAGGCAGCGUAGAAGUGUUUUCAGUGCAUAAAGCAUACAUUUUAAUCUAUUCAUUAAUUUCCUUAGAAGAAAAGUUGGAUCCUGAAGCCUAGGGCAAUGUGAAUGGCUGAGGCAUGGCUUCGUGUUUAAUUAAUGGAGUGUUUAAACUUUUUUCGAAGUAGGCUACCAUUUCUGAGAAUGAUAGGGGACCGUACAAUCACAAAUCAUGGCUUCUGGAACGGCACUCAACUAACCUGUUAACUCUUGACUCCUUCAUUAUUUUCUUCUACCCUUGGUUUUUAAUUAUAUUUCGGCACUUUUGACAUGCAUGUUCUUAAGAUAAUUUAGGCAAUUUUCUUGAGGAUUGGAGUACAAUUCUUCUUAGUGACGGUGGCCUCUAAUGUGAUGUAGGAACGGCCUUGAUGUUACUUGCAAUUAUUUGGCAACCUUACAUCCAUGUUCUCUCGGACUCUACAUUAUUAAGGUGUGCCCGUUUCAUUGCCAUUUAAGAAUUUGGUUUUACUUUAUGUGAAAGUUUUAUUGAAAUCUCUUCUUUUCAGCUUUAUUGACAAUGACGUAUUCUUAUUUCAUUUUUUGUCGAUAAACACUUCCAAUGCAUCAUUUAUUGACAGUCAAUUUGUUGGAGAGAGCUGUCUUGUACAUAACAUCAAAACAACCUCCACUGUCAUGAUAGUUGAGGGUAUGUGGAAGUGAUAUGGUCUGAAUGGCUGGUUUUGGAUUAGAACAAAAUUUCAAACCAGCUUCUUUUGAUCUCAGUUCAUGCAUUGGCACUGUGCCAUAAGAUCCUAUUUUAGGAAGGCUCUUCUUAUAGAGAGGGAGUUUCUAUAUGAUCCCUUGGCGAUGUCAAAGAGCAGAUAAUUAUUUAGGAUGUGGAUUUCUUCAGGAGGGAAACUUGGAAAUACAGGUGACUUCUAGAUGAACUCAUCACAUAUAAUUCCUUCCGGAUGAAUGAUUUAGCUAUACGUCUUGUCAAAUGAAUGAUUUAAAUAUAUUCCUUGCUGUAGUACCAACUGAUGGUAAGGGGGCUUUGAUACUAGUUGUUGAAAAAAAUAACUCGUGAUAAGAGAACAUGAUGGCUCCUUCAUCUGAUCCUUACACAGCAGAAAGAAUACCGAUUGGGAAGCUCACCCUAGUAGGAAGAGAGGGUUGGAUAGGACGAGAGAGAUCAGAACGUACUGGAUUUUAAUGUGAGUUAGAACAGUGUUACUCUACAGCUGCAAUAACAAAUCUAUUUUUUUGAUGUACAAAAUAAGAAUAAGGAAAAGCAUGGUAACCAACAGGUUGCUACGUGUACAUGCACGCCUUUAUGCACGUCUUAAGGAUAUUACCAAGAGACGGGGCUACCUUGAAACUGUGUCUAACGCCCAACCUAAUCAACCUUCAUCCGGUUUUAUUGAGCGAUAGAUAGAUGGGUCAUUGCCGAUGCCUACACCGGAUAAGGGCAAUCAUUCUCAAGACAGUUCAACACGGCUCAAGAUGGUCGAUGGCUAAUAAGGCAGGUCAACACCCUCUCUAAAGAUGGGUCAGCACCUUCGAAGCUGGAUUUAUGUUCUCUUAGAAUUUGUUUCCACAGCUCGACACUGACUCCCACUGAAGCUGGAUUUUUGUUAAUCUUUGGUAUUUUAACUAUGGCUGCCAAAAAGUUUCUCACAGUUUGGGAGUAGGGGGGUGGCCUGAAGGAUUAAGAUAUACAUUUACCAUACAACUGAAGUUUUUUGUGUGCAAAACAUUGUCUGGCUACGACUCUCAAAGUGUAAACAGGCACUCUUUUUUUUUUAAAGAAACAGAAGAAUACCAUUCUUGAUGAUUUUUCGGGUUUUUUUCUGCAUUCAGCUGCAUGGAUGACUAGUGUUAUUUUCAACUCCCUAAUUGUCUGUGUCCGUUCAUUAUUUUUCAGGAUAAUUAUGUUCGUUGAAGCCAUCUUUGUGGGUUGUUUUAAGAGUGCAUAUAUAGGUGAGCUGAUGGUUACAAUUUAGGACGUGAGUUUGGGAUUAUAAAUUAUGUGUUCAUUUUGAUACUAAAUGUAAGAUAAUUUCUAUUUUUGUGAAAUAGUUAAAUCCCUUUUCAUGCCUUUAACCCCAUUCAAAAAUGUUAUUUCCCCUUUUUAAGUAGUUUUCCUCAUUUUUAUAAAUCUUGUUUUGGCUGACCGAAGAGAUUUAAGUAAAAUAGCUUAAAAUUAUGGCUGCUCUCAACUGGUAGAUGAACAGAUGGGCAGAUGAGCCAUCAGACAGCGCUUAGAUACAGAUGUAUAUUUCAUAUAUUUUCAGUAAGUACGACAAACACAAGUAUUUUUCUCUUAGGCAUCAGUGAUUUAAACUUGAAGUGCGUGUUCAAAUAAUGAAACACUGCUAGAUUUUUAUGCUUAACACCUCUAGGCAUCAUCCUUUUCUAUCCAUUCUAAAGCUUCAUACAACCAGAAAUAGAUAAAUUGUUAUUUUGAUUAAAUUAAAUUAUUUUUCUUCGUAGUAGUUGAUUCAAUUAUCCAUUCUAAGUCCUGGAUUUCUGAUAUGUCUAUUACAUUCUUUGGGACGAACGAGAUAAAGUUUGGCCAUUGCUGUUGAUGGGAUCAGAAGGGCUUGAGUUGCUGUUGAUAUUCUUUUAUUCUUGUUCAUGCAGGGUGCAUCCAUCAGUAUAAUUCGUUACAUGGGCAACCAGAUGUUUUGAAAUCAUUAUAUUCAUCAUUGCAGCCAUCAAGCUCUUUGGAAGACCUGAGGUAGGUUUCUAUCACUGUCCUCGUAUUCUGUGAAAAAAGAAACAAAACCAAUAGCGGCCUUUUCUAUCAUCAUCCAGCAUUGCUUCGUGGCUUCCUCAUUUAUCCAAUCCCAUAAAACCUCUAUCCUUUUUCAAAUUAUGCAUGUGAAUUCAUAUUACAAGAAAACAAAUUAACUUUAAUUUUAUGAAAAAAAAAAUGAGGUCUUCCCAGCUGGGUUCACUUUAUUAUUGGGUAUCUUUUUCUCAUUUACACAGUUCUCGGAUUUUUCGAACAGGACAUCGAGUCCGAUGUAUUGUUUUCAGAUUUUUGGCAUUCUAUUUAUUACUUACUGGCCCUAGUGGGCCUUGUCUUGUAGAUAUUACGACGGCGGGAGGCUUUCUGAUCAGCAAAUGGCCUUGCUCCAGUAUCAAAGAGAGAAUAUGCACUAUUUGAGCGAGGAGGUAUCCCUCAUUAUUCUCAUUCCCUUAGUACUUAGUUUGGUCUAUUUUACUGUUCUUCAGAGGAUCACACGUUGGGCUGAUAGAGAGCAAUGAUGUCAAUUACUUGAAUGAUGACAGAUUUCUUCUUUAUUAUUAUUAUUAAUUUAUUUUUUACUGCUCGUCAUUCUUUUUCCUGAAAAGGUUAUUGCUGACCAAUCUCAAAUCUAGGUCAUUCGGCUGCAAGAAUGCUUGAGCAAAUAUGAACGAUCCGAUGAUGGGAGCACACCCCAGGUUAGAAGCAAUUCCCAUUUGUAGGAAGCAAGUAGCUUUAAACGAAAGUGUGCUAGAGAGAGAGAGAGAGAGAUGCAACUUAUAUCCAAAUCACUUCAAUUUAACCAUAACUAUAUCAGGCUAGAGCAAGGGCUUCUUCAGUCAUUGAUCCAUUUUCUGUCGCCUCACAGAUCUACGAUUGUUGUCUCAUGGCAGGUCGAUCUCGCCCAUCUCUUAGCCGCACGUGAUCAAGAACUGAGGGCUUUAUCUGCCGAGGUGAGACCUUUCUUAUGCCAAUUAUAGAAGCCGUAUUCCCAUAUUUCAAGAACAAUACAUAUUUGAAACCCCCAUAAAGCCACUUCCUACAGAAACACCAUGCGAUCCGAAAUCAUGCCUGGCAAUGUUCUUUCUAUUAUCCCUUUUUUUUUCUUUUUUUGGAUGGAUCAUCAUCAUCAUCAUCAUCAUCAUCAUCUUUGCCCUCCAUCAUUGUCAAUGCAGAUGGACCAGGUGGCUUCCGAGCUGCGCCUAGCUCGGACCUUGAUUGCCGACCAGGACUCGGAGAUCAAGAAGGUCUGGGCGACGAACAAUCAGGUAACCAACCAACCAAGCUCUUGCCAAUGACUCAAUCCAUUUACGUUUUUUGGCCGUUGACUUCUGACAGUACGUGGACGAGAACGAGAGGCUCAGGGGCAUACUGGCCGAGUGGAGUGCCCGAGCCGCCAAGGUGAGCACGGUUUCCAUCACCGCCCUCCCCCCUUCUCCUCGCCUAACUCUCUUUCCUCUUGCGACUGAAUCUGCCGCGCCUUUUCUGGUUCCCCGAAAAGCUCGAAAGAGCUCUGGAGGCGGAGAGGAUCUCGGGGGUGGAGCUGCAGAAGAAGAUCGACUCGCUCAAUGCUCAAGCGGCUGGUCGAUCUAGCAGAGGUGCCUGA